AUGUUGGAUCUCUUGCACAGCUUGGGGUAUCGCACCCUGGCCUACGACAGCCCCGGAGCCGUGCAGCGCUUGAGCCGAGAGCAACGCCUGUUGCGGUGGAAGGAGCGCAGACCGCUGUUGGACGAGGAUCCCUUGGAGCAUGAGCUGCCACAUGCUCCACCAGAUGAGGAGCAUGGCAGGCCUGCUGAACUCACAGAGUUGGGACAGAAACUCGUGGGCUUAGAGCCCUGGUAG